AUGCACGUAGCUCAAGUAGGCACGGAGCACAGGGAGGGCACGGUACGAAUGGAGGGCGCGAAGCACAAGAAGGGAACAAAGCACAGUGAAGGAACGGAGCACAGUGAAGGCACGGAGCACAGUGAAGACACGGAGCACAGUGAAGGCACGGAGCACAGUGAAGGAACUGAGUACAGUGAAGGAACGGAGCACAGUGAAGGCACGGAGCACAGUGAAGGAACUGAGUACAGUGAAGGAACGGAGCACAGUGAAGGCACGGAGCACAGUGAAGGAACUGAGUACAGUGAAGGAACGGAGCACAGUGAAGGCACGGAGCACAGUGAAGGAACUGAGUACAGGGAGGGUUUAGAGCACAAACCGUCAAAGUCACCGGCAUGA